AUGGAAACGACCAAUAUCAUUCUCUGCAACCAGAUAUUAGUACCUUGGGUGUGGAGUCUAUUCAUUCGGGCGCACAAAAAGGACCUCGAGUUCAGUGAUCUCUACCGCUGCCCAAAAUCAGAUGAGACACAUCUCGUCCGACAUAAACUGGAAAUCAAAUGGGAUAAACAAUUAAAAAGCAAACGAAAGCCAUCACUAUUUUGGGCACUCUUCGCAUCGUUCGGACCCGAACUUUUUGCCCUCUAUAUCCCCGAUGCUAUCAGAGAUUUGGGAUUCAAUUUGCUUCGAUCGUAUUGUAUUGUAUAUUUGGUCAGAUAUUUCAACGAUGACCCCAACACUAGCCAGUGGUGGGCCAUAUGGGCGGCUGUGGGUAUUGUGUUGGCCGCCAUUGCUUAUAUGUUUAUCACACAUUUAAACUUAACCAUGUGCAGCAAAGUUGGGGUCACAAUGCGUGCCGCCUGUUGUGCUCUAAUCUACCGCAAAUCAAUGCGUUUAAGUCAUUCAUCACUCGGACAGACAACUGUUGGCCAGAUAUUGAACAUUAUGUCCAACGAUGUCAACAGAUUUGAUCAAUUUGCAUUGUAUUCGCGAGCAUUGUUUGUGGGGCCACUGCAGGUGGCGAUUGUGUUAUACCUGUUGUGGCCGUACCUGCGGUGGGCGUGUUUGACGGGAAUGGGAAUACUUGUGCUGUUUAUACCAUUUCAAGUACUAAUGGGUCGUAUGUUUCGUAAUAUACGUCAAAAGACGGCAAAAUUAACUGACAGUCGAAUCCGUUUAAUGCAAGAGAUUAUCGCCGGAAUGCGUGUCAUAAAGAUGUACGCCUGGGAACAGCCCUUCGCACAGUUGGUAUCAGAGGCUCGCAAGUCUGAAGUGAAACAAAUCCGCGUUAACCUUUCGAUUUAUUUUGUGAUAAUACGGGUCAUAAUAUACGCCUGUUUUCUAACAUAUAUACUGAUGGGUGGGAUGUUGUCGGCGGAGACAGCCUUUGCCACAAUGGCUUACUUUAAUGCCAUGCAAUGGUCAAUAGGGUUGGACGUGUCUAUGGCUAUAACAGCUCUCAGUGAACUAAUUAUAGUAAUCAGACGAAUACAGACUUUUCUAUUACUCGAAGAGAUGAGUGGUUUGGAUGAGAGGGAAGGGAAAGACAACGAGGCGUUCAUUUCGGGGGAAAAUGAGAUAAUUCUCGGAGUAAUGGAAAACACUUCGAGUAAUGAAGAAAAAGGCGUUUUUAUGGACAAAAUGAGCGUUCGUUGGAAUAAUGAGACGACUGAACCCACGCUUCGGGACAUUAGUCUGAGUGUAAAAACCGGGCAACUGUUGGCUGUCGUCGGGUCUGUUGGCAGUGGAAAGAGCUCAUUAUUGAUGGCAAUAUUGAAUGAGAUAUCUGUAGUGUCGGGUCGAGUGGUAGUGAGGGGUCGGGUGUCGUACGCGCCGCAGGAGUCGUGGGCUUUCAUAGCGAGUGUUCGACAGAAUAUUCUGACUAAUAAAAUGAGUGGCGGACAGAAGGCUAGGCUGAGUCUGGCCCGGGCUUUGUACCACUCGGCAGACAUCUACCUCUUGGACGACCCCUUGAGUGCUGUCGACACACAUGUGGCCAAACAUCUCUUCCAAAAGUAUAGAUGUUGUGUUGAGUAUUUGAAAGAUAAGACAAGGGUUUUAGUGACCCAUAGCAUCGUCAAAGAGUUUCUGCGCGUAGUUUAUGAACACGAGUUGCUGCCGCUCACACACCGGAGAACAUCUCUCACACCAUCGAUGGUCUCAUCCCUUAGUGAGGGAUCGGUAGUGACGGACGUUAGGGAACCGAUAGAAGUGGACGAACAAGAAGUGAAACCUGAACUCAAAAUGAUUGGAUCCGUUGAGACUAAUGUUUAUAUGGAUUACAUUAAGGCCGGCGCAGGACCUCUGCUCUUUUCAAUCAGGGAAGCGACUAAUAAAAUGAGUGAAACUUCCAAAGACGUAUAUCAGACAUUCAACAUAAUAAUCUACACGAGUCUAACCUGUGGUCUGUUUGUGUCGGCCCUGUUGUCCACCAUUUGUUUCUACAUAAUGUGUAUGAGAUCUUCGGUUAAUCUCUAUAACCGAAUAUUCUAUGCGUUAUUGCGAUCACCGAUACAUCUGUUCGAGAGACGAAUUCUAAACAGGUUUUCAAAAGACACGGGAAUUGUCGACGAAUUGUUACCAUCGGUUGCCUUUGAAUUUAUUAUUGGGCCUCAGGCCACAUGA